AUGGGUCUCAAGUACGCAGCUUUCUUUGCUUGCAUCGCUAUCACUAGUGCCUGGCAGGCACAAAUGACCAUAAAAAAUCCGGAAAACAACGCUGCGCUUAACGACCCUAAAUAUGGACCUCUCCAAAACGCCUGGAAGGCUCUUGAAAGAAAUGAUACAUAUGUACUGCUGUUUCGUUCAAAAAAUUACGAACCAGAUAUCACUUGUGUGAAAGUAAAAUCAACUGUAUAUAACAAAGAGCAAAAAAUUGCCAAUUACACGAGGACAUAUCUCAACAUGACUUCAGGUGAUCGGACGAAUUUAGAAUACCAAGUCAGAGCAUUAAAGCAUGGCCGAUACGAGAUAGAAAAUGUAAUACGUGCAGGCUUGAAGGGAGGCGCUCCAAGUGCGACCCCUAAACCUUUGGGGAGUAACAUGUACAUACAGUAUGGCGACUUCUCCUGCAACUCAUCAAGCAAACCCAUGGUGGAAAUGUUGCGUGACGGAACUUCUGGGGAUAAAAAUGAACUGAAAUCCACCAACCCAGUGGAAGGACAAGAUUAUCUUGACUUCUAUGAGGUGUACAGCCAACCAAUUUGCAACAUUCUCAGGUCUCCCUUUCUCCAAGGAGGAUGUGACCUCUGGCUAAACCAAUCAAUGUUGGCAGAUGUGCUACAACGCGCCGACAAUUUAGCACAGUCCGGUGAUGCAACAGCACCAAAAGAAAGCAAUGCUGAAGGACGUAAUGGCGAUGAAAGUGAAGCCAAUAAGGAGGAUAACAACAAUGAGGAAAAAAGAAAUAAGGCAAAAAAGUAUGCAGCAGCCCUAUUCAAAAGCCUCCCCCCCGCCUGCCGCUAUGCCUUUAUAGCAUCAUGUGGAUAUCCACAGUUUAUGAUGUACGAUAAGGACACUUGUGAGAAACAAAUCAAGGAGGCUACAACAAUGACAAAUACACCAAGUCAAUAA